UGGAGAGAGUGGAGAAGACCCCUGAGUUGGAGAAGGGAAGGAAUCCUCUGCCCCUCCUCCUGCUGUUGCUGGUCUUGAUGACCCCCACAGGGAGCCCAGAGGUGAUCCGUGACGUCGACGUGGACUUGGCCCCGGGCUCCUUCGACGACCAGUACCACGGCUGCCAGCAGCAGGUGAUGGAGGCGCUGACCCAACGCGAUUACUUCACCCGCGAGGUGGACGCCCACAGGAACUACUCCAGGCUGUGGCACCGGGCACACCUGGCGUGGCUGGGCCACGCGAGGCCGCUGCCCCCGGGCCUGACCCCCACGCACGCUGUGGCCCUGCUGCUGUACAUGUCCGAUGCCACCGUGCGCUCGGAUUUCUCCAGGGCCCUGGCUCGGGAUGCCAGCUCGGGCGGGCAGCACCAGCGUGCGUUCCGCUUCAACUUCCUCCACUACUACCUCACCUCGGCCGUCCAGCUGCUGAGGGCGGAGGCGGCCACGCGGGACGGGGGCCCGUGUCACCGGGUGCACCACGCCAUGAGGGAUGUCACCCUGGAGGCCGAUGUCGGGGUCACCGUCCGCCUGGGCCAGUUCCUCCUGGCCCCUCUCCUGAGCGAGGAGGCCCAGAGGCCUGGCGUGCGCACGCUGCUCACCCUGAUCACCUGUCUCGGGGCACGCGUGCCCCCGUUCUCGCCCCAGCAGGCCGUGCUGGUCCCGCCCUACGAGGUGUUCCGGGUCGUCAACCGGAGCCAACAUCAGAGUGGAGAUCGGUGGUUCCUGCGCUCGGCCGGCAACAGAAGCGCCUACAACUGCCAGCUGCUGAAGGCUUCCGGCGCUCAGCCCGCCCCUCCCGCCCUGCUCCUGGCUUCCAUCCCUGGCCUGGUCAGUCUGCGCAUCCUCCUCCAAGAGCCGGCCUAGAGACGUCCUGACUCUUCCUGAGCCACGUUUAACCCCCCGGCCUCCAAGACGACCGCUGGGGGGAAGGAA